AUGGAUUGCUAUGAUCAUUCAGUGUCAGCAACGCCGCCGACGGUGGGAGGAUCGACGGUUUAUGGUGAUUUUGGUGGUUGCAGCAGUUUACUGUACAGUCCCUCGACGGCUCAAACCGCUCAGCAAUCCUUGCCCGAUAAGUCAACCGGCGUCGGCGGUGGUGGAAACUACUGGUACUUUCCCUCGGCACACGCUCAACCGAAUCUGCCAGUCGCCAAUAAUAAUCCGUCGGAAAAUACAACAGCCAGCAAUAGAACUGUAGCGUCGCACGGUGAUGGUCCGGUAGUGUACGGUAGUGGAUCGCCGGAGAUCUCCGAAGUUUCCCGGGAUUAUGGCCAAACCGCAACGCAGUUUGGAAGUCUCAAUCGGUCGGUGAUAAACAGUUCUAAUCGACCGCCGAUCACUUACAGCGGUAGCAACGUGGAGCUCGGAUUCGGCAGUUUGUCCAUUCAAGGCGAUCUGGCUAGUGGCAAUAGUAGUUCAAAUAAUGUUGGUGUUUUGGAGAAGAAAUCCGAUAACCAUGGUGUGAAGGAUCGGUUUUUGGUGACCAACCUGUUGCAGCUAAAUAGUAAGCGCAGUCCGUGCCCCAGAAACCCGAGGCUGCCGUCGGAUUCUUCGGGUUUAAAUUCAUCUACUGGCUCUGGAGACCCAGAUGCCGAACAGAAUCUAUCCGACAAACGUAUGAAGAUAAAUUCUUCGUCCCAGAAAAAGCCCAGACGAAACCGUACUACGUUCAGCACGAAUCAACUGACGGCGCUGGAGAAAAUCUUUGAAAAAACCCACUACCCCGAUGCGUUCGUACGCGAGGAGCUAGCGAAUAAAGUUGGCCUGAGUGAGGCUAGAGUGCAGGUGUGGUUCCAGAACCGUCGGGCAAAGUUUCGUCGAAACGAAAGGAGCGCUUCUUCCGGCGGUGGUGCCGGUGGCUGUAAAGUCGAUGAGUUGUACCAACCCAGUGUCAUACCGCCGGCCGGAAGUGGGGUUGGAUUCGGUUUGGAUAAACCCAAUGCACCAUAUUCGGUGUCCUUCUCAACGCUGAGUUCCAUUUUUUCUCCCGUUGUCUCGCAACUGCAGCAUCACCAUCAUCACCAUCACCAUCACCCGGCGGCGGGUGCCACUAGGGGAAGCCAGCUGUUCCCUUCGUACACGCCACAGCACGAGGACGCAAGCUUCAACGCAUCAUCGUAUCAGUUUCCCAAUUUGAAGUAUCUUAACAAUCUACAACAAACAUGA